AUGCCUACCAAAAGCAUGAAUGAGCCCAAUCCCGGUAUUUCGCUUCAGCACCUUGUUUUCUCCCAGGCCAUGUUUACCGACGAACUCCUGCAUUAUCCAUGGGACGGAGAUGGAAUAGCCAAAACCCCGUAUAUGGUGGAGUGGAUUAAUCAAGACCCUCAGAAUCUCCGCCAGAUGCCAGAUCGGUUCAAGUGGUCAAUCAAAAGACCAAAUCAACUCUUCGUUGCUGUUCUGAAGUCGGAAAACAAGACUCACCGACUAGUCAAUGCUGAAUUAUCUGACAGACUGAACUGA